UUAUUUAAUUGUCAACUUGAUUUAGAACAAGUGGUACAAACUACAAAGUAGUGCGGAUUUUUUUCGUUUACUGCAGAUGUUAAGUGAAAUUAGUACUUUUAUAAGCACUGAGCACUGCUUCGAUGCAAUGCGUGCUGGACAAACACAAAGAAGUAGGUUUCGUUCAUCCUAACGCAUGGCAAGGAUGGCCGCGUCUGGUUCCGAAAUUGAUGACUUCUUGAACGGGCCUCUUGUUUCGUGGCUAAAGUCAUGUCUUCCAAGUCCAGAUGCUGUCACAGAGUAUUCAUCUCUGUUCAAUGGAGACAUCUUACAUCAAGUGUACCUUCAGAUAGACCCGGAGCCAUCAUGCCAUAUCACAAAACUUGCUGGGCUGGAAGACCAAGCCCUGAUAUUAGGUAGAGUAAAGAACUUUGAUGCCAUUAUAAAAAAUGUGAAAAGUUUGUAUGAAGAAGAGCUUGGUAUGACACUCUUGGUUGUUCCUGAAUGUAUAUGCUUGGGAAAAGCACCAGAAUCAAGAGAGGGCCUGGAAACCAUGAAGCUUUUGAUCUUGCUUCUCCUUGGUGCAGCAGUACAAUGCCCUAACAAAGAACUAUUCAUCACCAGAAUUAAAGAACUCAAUGUUGAUCUGCAGCAUAAUAUUGUGGAAUGCAUUAAACAAGUUACAGACAUGCAAACUGUGGUAUUGACGCCAGACGCCAUCGAUCUUUUUCAAUCACCGACAAUGUUUAAUCACAUGCGUCGGCUAGCUAAAGAACGCGAUCACUACCUACAAAACUGGGCUUCCUUAGUACUUCACGAAGGUUUGUGUGAGAAUGACAAUGAGAACAAAAAUGGAAAGAAUAGGUCUACACAGAAUGUCAAUCAAAAUAAUGGCGAUAGUCAACAUCUUGCUGUGGAGCUGGCAGAUUGGAAAGCACGUCUGAGGAAGCAAAGACAAGAAUUGGAGGAAAAAUCCGAACAGUUGUCCGAAUGUCGGGAAGAAUUAGAACACACCAAGCUAGUGCUAGCCAAGUUACGCUCUGACAGCCAAGAAUGGUUCAAUGAAGCUAGAAAAUCAGCAGGCUAUAGAGAUGAGGUUGAUGCCCUCAGGGAAAAGGCUGAGCGAUGUGAUAGGCUAGAACAAGAAAUCCAGCGCUACCGUGAUCGUCUGGCGGACGCGGAGUACUACAAAACUAGAGUUACAGAACUCCGUGAAGAUAAUAAAGCUUUAAUGGAAACAAGAGAUGCCUUAGAAGAACAACUACAAAGGGCACGGAAACGCGCCGAACAAUGCCUUACUUUAGAGGCAGCUAUGAUCAAAUUAAAGAGGGAAGCUAAUGAUAUUGCAUUGGAAAGAGAUGCAGAUCAGCAGAAAAUCCAGGAACUUAUUGAAGAAAACAAUCAUCUGCAAUAUAUAACAAAAUCAGUAUUAAGUGAAAGCAAUAAUAGUAAUUUAGAUACGGACAACGAAGGCGAGAGCACGCUAGAAUCUGGCGAGAAUAGCUUAUCAGAACAAUUGACUAGUAAUGCUCAAGCUAGGGCCUUAAAACUAGAACUUGAAAAUAAAAGACUUUUAUCAACUAUAGACAGCCUUCGAGAACAAACGUUACUAGAGAGUAGCGAUAAAGUACUUGAGCUAGAAAAGGAAAAGAAAAGAUUAACUCUAAAAUGUGAACAGCUUCAGGAAAACUGUAACAGACUUAUGCAACAAAACUCUGAGUUAGAAGAAGUGUUCCGAAAUGCUCUAGAAGAAAAUAGAAAGUUACAAGAUUCAUUUGAUAGCCAAAAGACAUUUAUAGAUCGGCAAGCUAUUGAUAGAGAUUCAGAAAAGAACAAAUUACAAGAUUUCGAAAAGCAUUUGGAAUCUAUAACCAAAGAUAAACAAAGAAUUCAAAUGUUAUGUGACUCUAUUCAAAGAAGAGCAGAUGAACUAGAAAAGUCUUUGGAUGCCAGAACCAAAGAGCUGAACAUUUUAAAGCCUGAAGCUGAUAAAGUCACUGGCCUCAUAAUUCAAACCGAGGAAUUAAAAACGAAAUUAACAUACAGUGAAAGGGACACACACAAUUUGCAGAGAGAAGUUAAUAAGUUACGAGAAGCUGUUGAAGAAAAAGAUGUAUGUCUUGAUAAACUUACAACCGAAAUUGAACUAAAAAAGAAGGAGUUGGAGAGAUUAACAAGAGAAUUAGAAAUAAGUCACACUAUGACAAGCAAACUUCAAGACUUGGAACAAAAGACUCAAGAGCUUAAAUCACAAAAGAAAGUAGACUCAGAAACUAUUCAAACAUUGCAGAAAGACCUUAUUUCUGAAAAGGUCAAUUUUGAUAAACUAAGAAAUUGUAUGGAUAAACUUGGCAUUAAUGCAACAGAAAUAUUAAGUAGAGAUGUUAGCAUAGAAGAUUUAUUGGAAAAGGUCAUCACAAAUACUGAUCACGAAGGAUUGAUAUCAGAAAUAGCAGCUAAGGCUAACUUAAUGAAAUUGGUUCCAUGUGAUUGUAACCAUGACAAUAUUAACGUAAAUACUCAUGAUGACAUAGUAAAUCCUCAAAUAGAGCAGCUUACGUCAGAUCUUGCGACAUUGCAGGCGUCACUAGAAAGCAGUCAAGCUGAAAAUGCUAAACUGCAAGUAAACAUUGCAACUUUAAACUCUCAGAAUGGUUCGUUGAUAUCUCAACAAAUGACUUUACAGCUAGCCAAUAGCCAACUUGCUGCUGAAAAAGAAGAGAUUAUCAAACAGUUGGAAGUUUUAAAGGAUAAACAAGACAACCUUCUGCGUGAUCAAGUUGCUCUACAGACACUUCAUGAACAACUGAAUACUGAAUAUGAAACCCUGCUUAGUGAAAGAGAACCUGUUAAAAUCGCUGUCAGAGAUCUAAAACUUGAAAAUCGUGAAUUGAAAGAAAAGUUGGCACAGUAUGAGAAAAAGGUGUCAGAUUUCGAAGCAGAAAGAGAAAACUUAAAAAUUGAGUCCAGAAACCUAGUUAACCUUAGAGCUGAGCAUUCUAAACUUAAGGACGACUUCAGGAACCUCUUUACAGCAAGUGAUAGACUGAAAAAUGAAUACAGAAAUAUGCAAGAAGAAUAUAGAAAUCUAAGGAGUGAAGUUACUCAAUUGAAGUUAAGGAAUACUGAGAUAUCUGGUGAAGUCAACACUAAGGUUGAAAUUAUUACUAGUAUGGAGUUAGAAAUAAAUAAGACUAAUCAACAUUGUGAGAUGUUAAUUCAAAUGAAUAAGAGUUUAGAUGCAGACAGGCGUUCAUUGAUGGAUCAUGUGUCACAACUGUUGACUCAAUAUCAUGAACUACUUGCUCACUCACUAAAAGAUAAACAACAUUAUCAUGAAGAAGAAAAGAUGUUUGCAGAUAAAGUAAAUGCGUUGUGUCGUCAGAAAGAAAAAUUAGAAGAAAAAAUUAUGGAACAUUACAAAAAAUUGGAUAACUGCACUACAAAAAGACGUGGUUUUGGUGCGUCAUUUGUCAAAAGGGUGCGUAAAGCUGGAACAGAUUUAAUAAAUAAAGUGCCAACAAGAAACAAUAAACGAAUUGAAGACGCGAGUCGAUCAAAAUCUCAGCUUACGUUGGCUGGAUCAGAAUCGGGUGAAUCAGAUCCUGGUAGUCAAGAGUUAGAAAAAAUUUCUAAAAGUUCUGAUCAAGAUCAAGGCUCUUCAAAUCCCAGUGCAGAAUCCCCAAGGCAUAGCAUAGAUUCUAGUUUCACAAGAAGAUUUGAUGACAAACUAUUGAAAAAAUCGGAUAACAUUGACAUGAGUGGAUCAAUUCCAAGUUUGGAUUCAACUAGAUUGACCAGUGAAAGUAAUUUUGUGCGAAGACUUUCUGGAACAUCAAUACACAGCGGCGGAGGCGACGAUGCGCUUAUCAGAGCAUCGUUGAGAAGACGACCACAUAAAGCAGUUCCACCAACGCACAGAAAUAGUUUCCAAGGUCUAGAAGGUGACACAGUACUGCCGGCAGCUUCAACACCAACUCCAUUUGGUACUGCAGGGACGAGGCGUACGGUGUACGUAGCAGAUGAAGAUGCUAGUGCUAAUUUGAAUACUAAACCACAAAGUACGCCUAUCAAAGAAAAUCCAACUUACUUGGUAUACAAUCGAAUUUCCACUGUAAUUGGUGAUGGAGCCUGUCAAAGCAUGAACGAUCGACCACCCACAGAUCAACACAGGUCAAUGUCAGAACAUCCGAGAACUGCAGUAGAAGAGAGCUUGCCGGAAAGAGACGACCUAAGGAAUGAUAGAAGAUCUAUAAAUCGGAAUGAGAAAACUGAUAACUCGAAAGAAUCUGCAAUUUGGUACGAGUAUGGUUGCGUAUGAGGUAUUUUUUGAAUGUUUAUUAACUAAUUUAGGAAGGAUGUUUGAAGUAUAAUACAGACUGAUGAGAUGCCUUGUAUUUUGAUAUUCGAUAUGAUCGCGCGGUUGGAAUAUUGCAUACAUGCUUAAGAUAAAUUGGCAAUGUUUUGAUAAUGUGAUAAAAUACAUUGUACUUUAUUUUGAAACCAGUAUUAGUUGGCAUUUAAUUUGUUGAUAUGGGUGACAAUAAAUUUCCUGUUUAGCUUUAAAACCUGUAACGUAAACAUCUAUGACACAACAAAUAUCAGUAAAUGUUAGACAGCAUAGUAUAUAAAAUUAAGUUUUCGUAGUCUUGAUGCAGCAGCAAUUAAGGCAGCUUAUUAUUUUGAAAUAAUAAAAUUAAGUACAAACUUAAUUUAUUUAAAAACAAAACGUACGAAUGAUAGUUAGACACUUAUAAAAAGAUGAUGCUUGAUAUUUAUUUCAAACUUUAAUUUCUUCCCAAAACUAAUUAAGAAGAACAGUUUUUAAAUAUAUCUUCCAAUAGAAUCAUGUUACUAAGCUACUAACAGGGCCACAAGGAUAAUGCGGCCUGUUUUUCUUCUUUUACAACAUUUAUGCUUAGUUAGAAGUUAUUUUACUGUAAUUGUAGCAUUAACAAACCAUAUACUAUAAAACUUUUUAAAAGUAACGAUGUAAUAGCAACGUAGCUUGCUACAAUAGUGGAAUUUUAUUUUACAGGACCAAAUAAUUUAAUAUUUUAGAUUAUAUCAAGUUUAUUAACAUGACUUUUUGAGACUAAUACUCAAUCUUAUUUUGAGGCUAUACAUCUUAUCAAUAAAAAUAUGUAAAUCUUUUUUAUUCAUGUAAAUAUAAGUUUAAUGUUUAGUUUUAUUAAAAAAAUACCGCUAUUUUGUGAUGUUUUCUAAGUUUAUAUUUCCUUGCCAGUGAUAUCUGUGACUUCUGAAAUACGUAAUAUUAUUGUAUUAUCGUUUCUCAGUGAAUGUGUUUGAUAGGCGAUCUUUCCGUACUCUAUGUACCUCAGGCUACUAAAUGUCGAAAAGAUAUUACACACAUAUUUAUGUAGACUACAUCAUUCUAAAUUUAAUGAACAUAAUGAAAUCUCGCGAAGGAAUAUCCAGAUCAAUAUGACUGUAAUUUUAUAGAGUACUAAGUUAAACAAGGAAGUUCUUCAAAUUGAUAUUUAUAUAAUCUAAGCAAAAUAAAUUACAUUGAUAAAUUGGUUUUAUUAAUUUACAGUGAUAAAGGUAGAAUGAAAACUUUAGGAUGAGAAUCGAAUUGGUACUGAAUGCUUUGAAUUUAAAACAUUUCUCGUUUAAAAUAGCACUCUGUAUCUAUGUUACAUAAACAUUGCUUAUGAACAAAAUAAUAAUAUGAUGUAAUACUGAGCUUAUGACACAUGUAUUAGGUAAAGUUAUGUAUUCUAUCCAAAUACUGGCAAUCUAUUAAGUUUACCAUCAGCUUUUGGUACAUAUUGUAUGAUGUCAAAUACUUAUAUUAUGUGUGUCAAGUUCUUAUGUACAAAUAUACAUAUAAUAUUUGUAUAUCAUAUUUUAAAGUACUUAGUGUACCUAUUUGGUAUGUUUAUUUUUAGUUUCUUUUUAUGAAGAAGUUUAA